UUGAGCUAGUUUUUCUUCCUAUGGAACAUUAACGUCUCGCAGCGCCGUGUUAGACUGUAUUAUUGGCACAGCUUUAUCCUGAAUAUACCACUGUGUGUUUUGCUUCUGUACCGAGUUACAUUUAGUUCAGUUUUUCUUCCUUAAGAAAAACAACCCCACACAAACCAACCAUGCCUAGAAAGAGAAAUGCCGCUGCAGGAGACGAGUCAGAGCCCAAGAGGAGGUCUCUCAGGUUGGAAAAUCUAUCUGAAACAAAGACCGAGGUGAAACCAAAGCAAAAGAAGGCACCAGUUAAGGCCAAGAAAGUCAAGGAGGUAGAGAAGGCGAAGCCUGAGGAGAAAGAACCAGAGGCCCCUGCAGAGAAUGGCGAAGCCAAAGCUGAGGAGGAAGUUGAGGAAGAAGCACCAGCUACAGAAGAAGCAGCUGACGAUAAAGAAGAAGAAGAAGAGGAGGAGGCAGCAGAAUAACAUCUCCACGUCUUUUACCAGUGCUCCCUGUACCUCUUUUCUUGUACAAUUCAGGGGAAUAUUUUUAUCAACUAUUUUCUAAAUACAGGUUUUUUAGUAGUUUGAUUGUAGAGAACACUUUUUUUUAAUGAAAGAAAAAAAAAGUCAAUUUGGAGACGGGAAUUUCAUCACAUCCCACAAUUUUGCAUCGCCAUAGAAAAUUGCGGUCAUUGUUGUUACUGUUGGUGGAUUUCAUUUUAGUUUUAAAUGUGAAGGAGGGGAGGGUGCAGGCCAGGUUACGGCGACAACACGCACGCACAACGGAGGAGCUGGGGAAACAACGGGAAGAGAUUUGCCUGCGUGGAUUACAUUCCAUAUGCUUUAUAAGGGACAGUGUUUGUAAUCUGUGCUGGGGUGGGGAUGGACAAAGUCACAGGGCAACUCAUUGUUUUAUUGUUUAUGAUGAAGAACAGUGUUUUAGAAUGUUUGUAUGCUUUGUUCCUCUAUGUUAACUCUUGUACUCAUGCAGUUUUCUUAACCAAUUUGAUCAAUAAAAGCUAAAAUAGCUAGUACUGGAGCUCUCCUAUCAGAACUGUGCAUCGCGUGUGUUGGUUGUGUCUCUGUUCUGUGAUAGCAUCGCAAUAAAUUUGUAUAGCUGCUGUGAAAAGGGUUUUCAAUCUUUCUAUAUGCAGUGUGUCAUGGUACAUUGUACGGAUGGUAAAAAUGGAAUUUGUUUUCUUAGCUAAGCUAAUGGGGUGUGUAACCAUAAUAAAAACAUCUGUUGAAACUGGCCUCUUAAAGGCCUCCAGGCAAACUACUUUUAUUUGAGAUGUCAAAUGCAUACCAGCAGUAGCAAUAUUCAUGUACGUUUUAGGUAUCUGUAUCAAAUACAAGUGUGCAGUUUAUUUUUUUGUUUAUAGGUGUACCUGUGUAUUGAUUGUUAACAAAACAAUAAAACUCGGUUGGUA